AGGGGGCGGGGCCAAGACUGGGCUGGCUAGAGCGACGGCGUCGGAACUCGCUGGAAGAUCGGCCCCGGGCUGCUCAACAGUUCUGAAAGUCCCGGGUCGCGGCCGCGCGGCUCCGUCGCCGCGCGGGUGGUUCGGGGGGCGCAGGGGUCCCCUGGCGGCUGCCUCCCAGGGCUGCCCCGGACAUGCCCCGCACCCCCUGCCGGACCCUCGUGCGGCUCCAUAAGCUGCGAUUCGGGGGGCUCUGGGACUAGAGCGCCCCCCACCCCAACUUAUGACUUUGGGGUCCCCCAGCCCGAGAGGAACGGGCGGCCCGGCUGGGGGAGCCCCGGGCAUGGUGUGACGGGGCGGUCAGCUUUGCUGGGCACACCCCACCCCACUGCAGCCACCCGUCGUCUCUGUGCCCUCCAGAAUGUAGCUGCUCUCUCCGCGUCCCCCCGGACUCCAGCCGCAGUAGCCGCGACCUCCGGGCUCCAGCCGCCAACUCCUUGUCCCUUGGGACCCCGCCGCCGUCUCCGCCUUGCCAGGACUCCAGCCGCUGUCUCCGCGUCCUCUGGACUCCAGCCUCCGUCUCUGCGCCCCGAGGACUCCAGUUUCGCGACCUCCUCCGUCUUCGCGCGCCCGGGACUCUAGCACUGGUCUCCGCGAUACCCCCAGCAUUCAGGCACUGUUUCCGUGCCCACCCCCCGCCCCGCCCAAGCCCAGACUCCGGCAGCCGUCUCUGCGUCUCCCCGGAUCCAGCCCCUGUCUCGGCGUCCCCCCAGCUCCCAAACCCAGACUCCGGCUGCGAUCUCCGCGCUCCCGGGGAUCCAGCUGUCGCGCCAGUGCCAGCGAGUGCAGCGGCUGCCCCACCGCGCGCCCCGAGUCCGCCCGGCCCUCGGCGGGGAGAUGAACGCGCAGCUGGACGGCCUGUCGGUGAGCUCGUCCUCCACCGGCUCGCUGGGCUCCGCGGCCGGGGCGGGCGGCGGCGGCGGGGGCGCGGGGCUGCGACUGCUGUCUGCCAACGUGCGCCAGCUGCACCAGGCGCUGACGGCGCUGCUGAGCGAGGCGGAGCGGGAGCAGUUCACGCACUGUCUGAACGCCUACCACGCGCGCCGCAACGUCUUCGACCUGGUGCGCACCCUGCGCGUGCUGCUGGACAGCCCGGUCAAGCGGCGUCUGCUGCCCAUGCUGCGGCUGGUCAUCCCGCGCUCCGACCAGCUGCUCUUCGACCAAUACACUGCCGAGGGUCUCUACCUGCCCGCCACCUCCUCCUACAGGCAACCCAUCUGGGGCGGCCCCGACGGCGCGGGGCCCGGGGAGGUGCGCCUAGUGAGCCUGCGGCGCGCCAAGGCCCACGAGGGCUUGGGCUUCAGCAUCCGCGGGGGCUCGGAGCAUGGCGUGGGCAUCUAUGUGUCGCUGGUGGAGCCAGGCUCUCUGGCCGAGAAAGAAGGGCUGCGAGUCGGAGACCAGAUUCUGCGUGUCAACGACAAAUCCCUGGCCCGGGUGACCCACGCUGAGGCCGUCAAGGCUCUCAAGGGCUCCAAGAAGCUGGUGCUGUCGGUGUACUCAGCGGGGCGCAUCCCUGGCGGCUACGUCACCAACCAUAUCUACACCUGGGUAGACCCCCAAGGCCGCAGCAUCUCUCCGCCCUCGGGCCUGCCCCACCCCCAUGGCAGCACCCUGCGGCAGCACGAGGGUGACCGGAGGAGCACCCUACACCUCCUGCAAGGCGGGGAUGAGAAAAAGGUGAACCUGGUGCUGGGGGACGGCCGGUCCCUGGGCCUCACCAUCCGUGGGGGAGCCGAGUACGGCCUGGGCAUUUACAUCACUGGCGUGGACCCUGGCUCUGAAGCGGAAAGCAGCGGGCUCAAGGUGAGAGACCCCUGACUCCCAGGGAGGGGAUGGGGCGCCAGGCUGAACGUGUUGGGGCGAGCGAGGGAAAGACCCGUGUGUGGAGCCCUGUGCAGCUGAUCUCAACGGGACGUCCGGCAGAGCAGUCGGCACCCCACGCGAAGGACCUGUCCCAGCGGAGAGCCCUCCCCUGGCUGCACGGCUCUAGUUCAGAGCUCAGAGCGGGCGCCAGGAGCCGCCACCUCUCCCGAACCCCGAGUUCUCCUAGCCAUCCGCAGAGCAGGGCAGCCUCCCACGAGCUGCUGGGCAGCAGGCCAGCUUGAGCUCUUCGUGGCUGCUGUUUUGGAAACACUGCUGAUGGCCUGUG